AUGUCCGGCGCAACAAAUCAGAGCCGCCGUCCAUACUUCUCCGUGCAGUCUGAGGCGUCGUGGAAGUACGAAAACCGUCCGGCGACGAGAUCCUACAUCAGUUUCAGCACACCGCCUCUGAGGACCGUCUCCACCGCCGCCCGGCGACGCUGUCUCGGAGUUCCAGAGGAUGCCGGCAGAGCCGCUCACCAAAGGGAGGCCAGCAAGGCCGACAUGGAGAAAGGAAACGAGUCGGAUUGUGAAGACCAUCGGAUGAGGCGGGAGAUGAAGGCUGCCGGAAAAGGCCGGGCCGGGCCCAGCAACUCUGCUACCGCCAAGCCUUUCAAUUUUGUCUUGGAUCUUGUGAAUUUCGGCAAAUUGGUGUGUUAA